AUGUUUGGUCCAUUAAUAACAAUUACACCAAUUUCAUAUUUAAGUGGAUAUUAUGCAGAAAAAGAAAUUAAUGUUGAUGGCGAUGAAGAAGCAAAUUUAAAUAUUGCUAAUAAAUUUUUCUUUGUGCAUUAUUUGAUUUGGUCAUUUUGGUUGAUAAUAUUCGUUAUUUCAAUGUUAUAUUAUUGGUAUAUUUUAUUCGAUUUGCUAAAUCAUCAUAUGAAAGGUUUGAAAGAAAAAUCAAAUCAUCACACAAAUCGAUGGAAAUUAGAGACAUUAGAAGUUGCUUCUACAAAUUUGAGUUCGGUUUCGUUGCUUCUUGCAUUCUUGUAUACUUUUUUCACAGUAAUUUUCAUCAUAUUUGGUUUAACUUAUAAAUCGACAACAGCUAGGGAUAACUACCAAAUAGGAUUGUUUUAUUUUGCCGUGUGGAAUUUUCUAAUACCCGUCUGUCUACAAGUUGUACAAUUCGUAAUUAUUUACAAUGCCGUACGACCAUCACAAAGCAUUCCAUUAUUUGAUGAAAUUUUAAAUGUUUCACUUAAAAAACCAAGAUUUUCUAUAUCACUUAAUAAUGAAUUUUCAACGAAUAAAAGGAAAAGUGAUGAAUUCAAUAAAAAUUUUAAUUUUAAUAUUAAUCUUAAUAAUAAUAUCAAUAAUAAUCUUGAAGAAGAUGAUGAAAAUAAUAAUCUUUUUUCACAAAUUGAAUCAUCAAAAUCUGAUAACAAUAAUGAUAAUAAGUUCACCAAAAAAUCUUUAAAAACAAUAACAAAUAGUUUCCUUAAUUUAUCAUCUCCAUCUACAUCUACAUCAUCAUCUCCAUCUUAUAAUAAAAAACAUCGUCAUAAUCUUGAAUGGGAUGAAAUAAUUACUAUUAAUGAUGGCAAUGAUGACUAUGACACCGAGGAAAUAUUCAGAUAUAAUAGUAACAAUAACAAUGACAAGAACAAAAACAACAAUCAUGAUCAAUUAUCACCGUCAUCAAACGAUAAUAAUGAUAAAAGUAAUAAUAAAAGCAAUAAUAGUAUUAAAAGUAAUAUUAGUAAUUAG